AGUCCGGUAAAAAAAAAAAAAAAAAAGAGAAAAAAGAAGAAGUUUUCGAGCCACAGCAGUCAUAAAGGAGGCUCCAUACACAGACACACAUACACACGCAUCCCGUCUGGAAGGAAUUAGACAGCUGAAACAGCGGCUGAGAGAGACUUUGGCCACUCUGUGUAACCUGGAUGCUUGAGGAGACUAAAAUACUUACCUUGAUGCUCCCCCAGAGAGCUGAAGCUGGCUGCGGAGAUUUAAUUACCAAAAAGUUACUUCUAUUUUUUUUUUUUUUUUUUUAAUUCUAAUUCAUUUUUCAUGAAGUUUUCUUACUUUUUUUUGUUUGUUUGCAACUUUUAUAAACUUUUCUUGAAAUAUGACUAAAACUAUUCAAAGUUGAUGAAGAUUUUUAUUAUUAUUAUUGUUACAGCUUUGAUUUGACUUAAACCUUUUUCAUAUAAACAAUGCCAAAGCUGACUGACGAGAUGUUUGAAUUCGUACACACCAAAGAUGCACGUGGCUCCCGACUGAUUAGUUAGAGGAGAAGCAGUGUGCCCUUUUCCCGAGGACUGGAUUGUUUUUUAUUACUAUUAUUAAUAAUAACCUUAUUAUUUAUGAGGACAAUAUUGAGCGGAUUCAUGAGAAUCACUGCCGCUCGAACUUUUUUACCACUUUCUCCACGGGUGGACCUCUACCAGAGCUGACGGAGGUGACCGCAUCCCCUCUGCGGACCAACUAGCGGACAGCAGCUGCGACAAGAUGAAGUGUCAGAGAGUCCUGAGCUACCUGAGGAUAUUUGGGACCACCAUGUUCGGCAUGUCCCUCCUGGUGGGAAUCUCCACAGCCUACAUCAUGGGCUAUCAGUUCUUCACCACAGCCCACAAUUAUCUGUCCUUUGGCUUGUAUGGUGCUAUUUUGGUCAUCCACCUCAUCAUCCAGAGCCUCUUUGCACUCCUGGAGCACAGGAACAUGCGGCGCUCCUUGGAGACACCGAUCAAACUGAGCAAGUCCUUGGCGUUGUGCAUUGCUGCUUACCAGGAGGAUUCAAACUACCUUAGAAAGUGCCUGGUGUCUGUGAAGAGGCUGACAUACCCGGGGAUCAAAGUUAUCAUGGUGAUCGAUGGGAACUCCGACGACGACAUGUACAUGAUGGAGAUCUUUAAGGAAGUCAUGGGAUGGGACAAGUCAGUGUCGUAUGUGUGGCGGAGCAAUUACCACGUCAAAGGUCCGGAGGAGACUGACGAGAGCUACGCCGAGAGCCUCCAGCAAGUCUCCAGGACCGUGCUCAGCAAUAAAUGUGUGUGCAUCAUGCAGAAGUGGGGAGGCAAAAGAGAGGUCAUGUACACAGCCUUCAAAGCACUGGGAAGGAGCGUGGACUAUGUACAGGUGUGCGACUCAGACACCAUGCUGGACCCAGCAUCAUCAGUGGAGAUGGUGAAGGUUUUAGAGGAGGACCCAAUGGUCGGAGGUGUUGGAGGAGACGUACAGAUCUUGAAUAAAUACGAAUCGUGGAUCUCCUUCCUGAGCAGCGUUCGCUACUGGAUGGCCUUCAACAUUGAGCGGGCUUGCCAGUCAUACUUCGGUUGUGUUCAGUGCAUCAGCGGACCUCUGGGAAUGUACAGGAAUUCUCUGCUGCAUGAGUUUCUUGAAGAUUGGUACAAUCAGACCUUCAUGGGAUCCCACUGCAGCUUUGGGGAUGAUCGCCACCUUACUAACCGAGUACUCAGCCUUGGGUAUGCGACCAAAUACACUGCACGGGCGAAGUGCCUUACGGAGACACCCAUUACGUAUUUGCGAUGGCUAAAUCAACAGACUCGAUGGAGUAAGUCUUACUUUAGGGAAUGGCUUUACAACUCCAUGUGGUUCCACAAGCAUCAUCUGUGGAUGACAUACGAGGCGGUGAUCACAGGAUUCUUCCCGUUUUUCCUCAUCGCCACCGCAAUCCAGCUCUUCUUCCAAGGACGACUCUGGAAUAUUUUGUUGUUCCUGCUCAUCGUGCAGGCAGUGGCGUUGAUCAAGUCAUCGUUCGCGAGCUGCCUCAGAGGCAACAUUGUCAUGGUGUUCAUGUCUUUUUAUUCAGUACUGUAUAUGUCAAGCCUGUUGCCGGCCAAAAUGUUUGCAAUCGCGACUAUUAACAAGUCAGGCUGGGGGACCUCUGGGAGGAAAACAAUUGUGGUGAACUUUAUUGGUCUGGUUCCAAUAACUAUCUGGUUCACCAUCCUUUUUAUUGGGCUUAUUUACACAAUAGUCCAACAGACCAAAAAACCCUUUCCUCAAUCUGAGGAGAUUGUGCUCAUCGUUGGGGCAGUAGUCUAUGCCAGUUACUGGGUGAUAUUGCUCACACUAUACGCCGUUCUUAUAAACAAAUGUGGAAAGAGGAAGAAGGAAACUCAUUAUGACAUGGUGCUGGACGUAUGACCCAAAGACAAAAACACACCACUAACCACUGAAAUAUCUUCAGUAUUUUUACAUCCCUGUUUACAAAGAUUGUCUAUGCAGAACAACUCUGGUGGCAAAACUGAGUUCUACCACAAUGGACAAGAAAAAUGGUUUAUCUGUGACCAUUAAAUCCCUAACCUUGGAGAAGUGGAGGCUAACUGGGCAUCUUCGAGAACCAAGAGGGGCAAGUUUGCCGUUGUUAUCAAAGUUGGCUUAAAAGAGUGCUAGGCUUUGUAAUGUUAGCUACCUCUUACUUUUGUCGUAUCCACUGGGCAUCUGUCUAAUGUAAGUAACUUAGCCAGAGAAACUGUGGAUUCAUAGCUAUUCUCUUGGGGUUUAAACUUGACCAGGACUUUUCUCCCAGAGAGUCAUUGUCACCAAGAAAUAUCUGCACCCCACAAAUUGAGAAUGUUCCGUGUGUUUCUGCGUUGAAAGGGAGCCGUGCGACUGCCAGUUUGUCUCCACUAUCUAGCAACUGCACAAAGACUAUUGCAAGAGGCACUGCCUCUGAGCAACUAGUGUUACUAAAGCAACCAAGUCGUUGUUCUUGUUUUUCUUUGUGUCUUUCUUUGUUUCUUUCUUUCUUUCUUUUUACCACAUCAACACGCAGUGGGGUAAUAGGCAUUUAACAUGAAAAUGUUUUUCUCACCAAAUAUAUUUUUACUGGGGCCUAUUGAAAUGACACAGGGAAGCAAUGAAGGCAUUUACUGAAAUGCAUUCAGUAUUUAUUAGGCGGUUCUGUUUCAAUUGGAUUCAAGUCCAGAGAUUAACUGGACCAAUAAAGCAUUUUUAAUGUCUUUCUUGGGAAGCAGAUGAGAAUUUCCUUGGCUGCGUGAACACUGGCCUUCUUGAGAAAUCCAUCUUUUCAUCAUCAUCUUUAGAUUCUUAUCAAGAAAUCCGGUGCUUCCUACCGUGAUGAUCCUACCUCCAAACCUCACUCCCAGUACUCCCAGUGUUUAAUUCA